UAUAAAGCGGGCGAGGAGGAUCCGUGUCCAGCAAACUACGGCGACACAGGCACGCGGCAACAUGUACUCCGCAGCUGCAUUCGGGCUCCUCAUCUUGUCCUUCGUUGUUGUGAAGGACGUGACCUGCGCUAACGGGGGAGAGAGUUCGUCGCACAGCCUGACAUGCACGGUGGAAGGGCGAAACAGUCACCCCACAGACUGCACCAAGUACGUCGAGUGCAUUCGCGUGGGCGGCAAACUCACGCCCCGAGUCGGUGUCUGUGAGAAUUCCGCUUUCAAUCCCGCGACUAAGAAUUGCGUUAGUUUUAGGGACACGGCUUGUCAGCAGCCCCGCAGGCAAGCGCGUGCUUUAUUCGAGGACAACGCCUUCAGCUACAUGUGUUCUGAGGGCAAGGAUGGAUUCUUUUGUGCAGACUGCAAGACGCUGAUCAACUGCGUGGACAGACACGCGUACAAACUGACCUGCGUCAACGGGGACAUGUGCGCCCACAAGGAGAGCUUCGGCGGCGGGAUCUGCUAUCCAAAGGAGCCUGCUGAGUGCACCUGCCAAGAGCCAAACUCUUUCAAAGAAGACCUGUAUGAUAAUCGGAAGUUCUUCUACUGUAACGACACCUCCUCAGAUCCUGUAUUCUACGAGUGUGACGAAGGGAGCGCAUUUGACGCCGAGAAAUCUCAGUGCAAGAACAAGAAUGGUUUGCCCGAAUGCCAUCGGUCAGGUGUCUUCGCUGAUAUCAACAACUGCACGCAAUAUUACGCUUGCAUCUCAACCAGAAACGGAUGGGUGCAGAAGGCCUUCAGCUGCAACCAAAGUAACCUUAUGUACAACGACCUGACGGGCGCCUGUGAGGACCCUUGCACCUGGCAGGUAGGAUCGUUUGCUUGCACUGCAGAAGGACGUUACCCGGACCCAAAGGACUGCCAGCGGUACAUCGAGUGCGUGGCAGACGAGGGCGGACUCAAGCAGGUUCGAAGGAGCUGCCCCGAGGACUACAGCUGGGACCCGACGGCCAGAGGGGGCGUCGGGCACUGCGUCAAGGCCAGCACAAACACGCACUGCACUCCGGCCACCCAGAACAAGUGCAUCAUCCCAGACGGCACGUGCGCCUCAGCUGCAGUUGCGACUGCGGCCACGCCUGCACCGGAGCCGACGUCUCCUUCCACACUGGUUGCAUCGGCAGAGUUAAAUGUCGCGACAACAACCACAGAGGCCGCGCCAACAACGCCGCCGAAAGCGCCAGUGGCCCGCCGUCGCCGACUGAACCGCCGCUUGAACAACUAAACUGCAGGAGACGCCAUGACCGGAUCUGACGAAAGGCUUCGACGCUGGAGGUGCUCUGUGGCUGGCAAGAGUCAGUUCUCCUUGUCUGCUCUGAAACCAGCAGUUCACGUACGUGGUUAACGAAACUAGUGGGGGUGAAGGUUUCUGAUGUAAAUCUAUUAUGUAUUUCCAUUUUUUUCUCUAUCUGCUUGACUGUGCUUCUUUUUUUUUCUCUGCCAUACCUAUGUGUGUGUGAGUGUGUGUGUACAUGUGUAUAUGUGCCUGUGGGUCUCUCUCUCUCUCUCUCUCUCUCUCUCUCUCUCUCUCUCUCUCUCUCUCUCUCUCUCUCUCUCUCUCUCUCUCUCUCUCUCUCUCUCUCUCUCAUCAGUCAAAUAAAUGCAAGUUGGUCCUGACA